AUGGCCACUGCCUGCAUCAACAAGGUCUUCCUGGGCGUUGACGUCGGCUCAGGCUCAAGCAGGGCUGCACUCAUUACCGACACUGGAAAACUCCUCGCCAUCCACUCAACCCCCUUCUCGACCUCGCGUCCUGCCCCCGACUACUUUGAACAGUCCAGCGACGAAAUAUGGGCCUCAAUCUGCACCUCCGUCAAGGCUGCUCUUCAAAUCGCCAAAGUCGACCCCUCUCAAGUCCACGGCAUUGGAUUCGACGCGACUUGUUCCUUGGUCGCGUACACCUCUGGCACCCCCGAGACAGCCCAACCCGUCUCCAUCUCGCCCAGUUCCAAUUUUGAGGACCACAACCGCAACAUCAUCAUGUGGUGCGACCAUCGAGCCAAGGACCAGGCUAUCCGAAUCACAGAGACGCGCCAUGACAUCCUCAAAAAUAUUGGCGGUGUUAUGAGUCUGGAGAUGGAGUUACCCAAAACUCUCUGGUUGCAGGAUAACAUGACCAUGGACCAAUGGAACAGGAUCGGGCGCCUGUUUGAUCUGCCCGACUUUUUGACCUGGAAGGCGACGGGUGAUUACUUGCCAAGUCGAUGCUCGGUUGUUUGCAAGUGGUGCUAUAAGGCGGGACCAGAAAGCGGCGAUUCCCUGUCGCAUCACAACAAUCAAGGAUGGCCCGAGGACUUUCUUCGACAGAUUGGAUUAGGCGAGAUUGCGGAUGAUGAUUGUCAGAAGCUGUGUGGAGUCGGCAAUGAGGGUCAGCGGGUACAUUUUGCUGGCGAGCAUAUUGGUGGGCUAACAGCGCAGGCAGCAAAGGACAUGGGCUUGGUCGCUGGAACUCCAGUAGGUGGUGCAGUCAUUGAUGCAUAUGCAGGAGCCAUUGGGACAUUGGGAGCCAGGAUGAACGGCAUUUCUUCAACUGUUGACGAAGCUCGCAAGAGGAUUUCUCUGAUCUGCGGCACAUCCUCCUGCCACCUCGUCAUGAGCGACAAGCCCAUCUUUGUUCCAGGUGUUUGGGGCCCAUUCCAUGGCGUAAUGUUGCCGGAUAUGUGGGUUGCAGAAGGAGGACAGUCCUCGACAGGUCAGUUGAUCGACUACCUCACCAAAUCCCAUCCAGCCUAUAAUGAAGCAGUCGAGCGAGCAAAUGCCUCCACACCAGCAACAUCGGUGUAUGAGUUCUUGAAUCGUCAUCUGGAGACAGUCGCCAAAAAGCGAUCGCUUACCAACAUCGCCUACCUCACCAAGCGACUUCACAUGACGCCAGACCACCAUGGCAACCGAGCUCCGUUCGCGGACGAAACUAUGAGGGGCUCCAUCUCGGGCUUGGAUCUCAACAGCAACAAUCUUGACGGACUCGCUAUUCUUUACUUGGCGACAAUUCAAGCCUUGGCGUUGGGCACACGACAGAUCUUCGAAGCUCUUUGUGCGGCAGGAUAUACCAUCGAGACGAUCUGUAUUUCAGGAGGCUUGUCGCUCAACAGGAUCUUUGUUAAAGUUCUGGCGGAUGUAACUCAGUGUCCAGUGGUGUUGCCAGGAAGUGGAGGAGAUGCGGCGGUCGUGGUCGGUGCGGCAGUGUGUGGUGCAGUCGCAUACGAGUCGUCAUUGGCGGGACUUGGAACGAGUAUGGAUGGUCUGCUCUGGAAAGCUAUGGUGCGGUUGACGGAGGCAUCCGAUGUGAUUGAGGCGGACCAGGAUCCGUCCCUGAAGCGGUUCUAUGAGAACAAGUUCCGUAUUGUCGAAAAGAUGCAGCGGGACCAACGCGAGUUCAAUAAAAUCAUGGACGAGUGA